ACAAGAAUCAGUAAAGUACUUCAGAGUUCAUCCCCAAAAUUCCCUCCUAACGUACCACUUCAGUUCUGCUCAUUGAGUUGUGUUUGUCAAUGGCGGGCAUCACAUUGACCUAUGCUGUUGUCCGGCACCCUCUUCUUCCAGUCUACGCUUCCGCUUCCGUUUCCGUUUCUCCCAGCAGUAGCACUUUAACUACCAAGAGAAGACCCCGGCCACUACAUUAUUGUCAAUGCACCGUUGACGCCAAUUCCGCCAUAACCAGCGGAGCUGCUGCUGCUGCUGCUGAUGAUAUCUUUUCCGUUAAUACUUCUUCGCAGAACUGUGACUUCGAUUAUCUCGGCCAGAGCACCAAAGGCGAUUUAAAUCUCAAAUACGGGAUAAAUGGCCAUACAGAUAUUGCUUGGAAAGGUCCAAUUGAGGAGGUUGCCAGGUUUCAAGCCAAAGAGGCGGAGGGCUUGCUUAAGGACCUUGGAAUACAGGAUCCAUCUUCUUCUAGGCAUUCUCCACGUGGCAUAUUUUGUAGCCGCACAUUAAAUCUUCGGUCAAUCACUGCAAUCGGAUAUGACAUGGAUUACACUCUAAUGCACUAUAAUGUGAUGGCUUGGGAAGGAAGAGCUUAUGACUAUUGCAUGGAGAAUCUAAAGAAUGUUGGGUUUCCUGUUGAUGGACUUGCUUUUGACCCUGAUUUGGUUAUUAGAGGACUUGUCAUAGAUAAAGAGAAAGGCAACUUGGUGAAGGCUGACCGAUUUGGUUAUGUGAAGAGGGCUAUGCAUGGCACAAAACUGCUAUCCACCCAAGCUGUAAGUGAGAUGUAUGGGAGGGAACUGGUGGACCUGCGGAAUGAAAGUCGGUGGGAGUUUCUCAAUACACUAUUUUCUGUCUCAGAAGCAGUGGCAUAUGUGCAGAUGGUUGAUAGAUUGGAUGAAGGGAUUAUUUCACCGGAUCUUGGCGUACUUGAUUAUGAAGGGCUUUACAAGGCUGUUGGUAAGGCCCUCUUUAGGGCUCAUGUAGAAGGUCAACUAAAGAAUGAGAUAAUGUCGAAGCCAGAGCUGUUUGUAGAGCCUGAUCCAGAGCUACCUUUAGCACUUCUUGACCAGAAGGAGGCUGGUAAAAGGUUAUUGCUGAUCACCAACUCAGAUUACAUCUAUACAGACAAAAUGAUGAGGCAUUCUUUUAAUAGAUUUCUCCCAAAUGAUAUGAACUGGCGAGAUUUAUUCGAGAUGGUGAUUGUGUCAGCUAGGAAGCCAGAAUUCUUUCAAAUGUCACACCCUUUAUAUGAAGUGGUGACAAGUGAUGGCCUUAUGCGACCAUGUUUCAAGGCUCGUCCAGGGGGGUUAUAUUCUGGAGGAAGUGCUCAAAUGGUUGAAAAUUCAUUAGGCAUUCAUGGAGAUGAAAUAUUGUAUGUUGGGGAUCAUAUCUAUACAGAUGUAAGCGUAUCUAAAGUACAUCUUCGCUGGAGGACAGCAUUGAUUUGUCGUGAAUUGGAAGAAGAGUAUAAUGCUCUGAUUCAUAGCCGAGAGCACCGAGCUAAACUUGUAGAAUUAAUAAAUCAGAAGGAGGUUAUCGGUGACCUUUUUAAUCAACUUCGUUUGGCUCUUCAAAGGAGAAACAAGGGUCGUCCUGCUCAAACAUUAGCUGCUACUCAUAUGGAUGAUAAAGAGCUGACGGAGAGCGUGCAAAACUUACUGAUUGUUAUGCAACGCUUAGAUGAAAAAAUCGCGCCAAUGUUGGAACAAGAUGGUGAACACUUCAGCAAAAGGUGGGGAUAUCUUUCACGUGCAGGCUUGUGGGACAAGAGUCACCUCAUGAGACAGAUUGAAAAGUACGCUGAUAUUUAUACCUCCAGAGUCUCAAAUUUCCUCAAUUAUACACCUUUCAUGUAUUUCCGCUCACAGGAACAGACUCUUGCCCACGAUUCAUACUCAUUCUAUGAAUCUCGAAUCAAUCCAUGAAUGUCAUAAAUUUAUGUGAUGAAGAGCAAUGUUGUUAAAGCUACCUUUUUUUUUUUGUCAAAAUUGUGUAGGUAUUAUUGUGGUGUAAAUUAUGUUGUAAAACGUUCAACUUAUUUUGCUUUUGCAGUAUUUAGAAAGAACAGGAUAUAUAGGGACUUGUUAUAUUUAUUAUUACAAUUGGGU